CGGGUUCGAGCGGAGUUGCUUCCUUAAUGGUCGAGUGAUGCGGUGGGCUCGGGGUAGCUCACAAGCGAAGGUGGAAGGGAGCAAACCGAGCGCCGGGAUCCCAUCUUAUGUGCGCGGCCUGUGGGGAAAUCUGGAGAUCCUUGGCUUGUUUCCCCAUGGGGAACCUAGGGGAUGUGGGCAGACUUAAAUGGUUGCUAUUUCCAGGUCGAUAAGGGACCGACACUCUGAAGUUUUCUAUUCGGAUGUCUUGACGGUUCAUCUCCCUUUUCUCUCCGCUUCAUCCACAGAUACCGUCUUCCCACACACACCAUGGGUUCACCGGAGCUUGGAGACCGCGACGCGGUCUCGCCAACCGGCGAUGGCUCGACAUCAGGCGACCAGAAAACCAACCCUUACAAGGACGUCGUCGAGACCGAGAGGGCGCAGUCACCUGAACUUGAGAAACAUCAUCAGAAUUAUGGAAAGAUGGAUAAGGAGUUAGCUCAAUAUGUCUCCGACACGCGCGUCGAGAUCUCGGAAGCCGAGGACAACCGGCUCCGCCGCCUCAUCGACAAACGUAUCCUCGUCAUCAUGAUAACGACUUAUUUCUUACAAGCCAUAGACAAGGGAACUAUGAGCUUCGCUUCCAUUAUGGGUAUAAUACAGGACACCAAUCUGGGAGACCAAGAGUACCCAUGGCUCACGACCUGUAUCUACAUCACGAUCCUGAUUGUCGAAUACCCACAAAACUGGCUGAUCGCGCGCGUGCGCAUCGCCAAAUACCUUUCAUUCUCCAUCAUGGCGUGGGGCGUCGUGCUCGCCUGCACGGCGGCCUGCACCAACUUCACCGGUCUCGUCACGGUGCGCACACUGCUGGGUCUGUUUGAGUCGGUGUGCCAGCCUGCCUUCGUGGUCCUCUCGUCGACGUGGUACAAGCGCGAGGAGCAGACGGCACGUGUCACCUACUGGUACAUGAUGAACGGCGCGCAGCAGAUGGUCGGCGGCCUGCUGGCCUACUGCUUCUCGCUGAUCCAGCGCGGCGGCCCGCUGCUCUCGUGGCAGUGGCUGUUCCUGGCGUAUGGCGUGGUCUCGGUCAUCUACGGCGCCUUCGUCGGCUGGUGGAUGCCCGACUCGCCCAUGCGCGCCAAGUGCUUCAGCGAGGAGGACAAGCGGCUCAUGAUCGAGCGCGUGAGGUCCAACCAGACGGGCGUGCAGAAUCGGGAGUGGAAGAAGCACCAGGCUUGGGAGGGUAUCAAGGACCCGCAGGCGUGGGGGUAUGCGUUGAUUCAGCUCUGCACGACGCUCCCUACGAGUGGGUUGGGCAGUUUCCAGGGGCUCAUCAUCAAGAGCUUCGGCUUUACGACGCUGCAAACACAGUUGUUGGCUAUGGUCCUGGGAGCGUAUAUCAUCAUCGUGCUGCUGAGCUCGGCGUGGCUGGUCAAGAAGACGAGCCAGAACCUGUUGGUGAUGCUGGCGUUUGUGAUUCCCUCCUUUAUUGGGACAAUCUGUCUCAUGACCGUCCCCCCCGACACCAUGGGGCAGAAGAUUGGCUUGGUGAUCAGUUACUACAUCACUUUGUCGUUCUGGUCCGCUCAGACGCUGGCUCUGUCCAUGGUCUCCCGCAACAUCGCUGGGCAAACCAAGAAGAGUGUCGUUGUCGCGCUCAGCUUUAUUAUCUGGUCUGCUGGCAACGCCAUCGGCCCCCAAGUGUUCCUUGACUGGGACAAACCCCGUUACUUCAUCGCAUUCGCCACGCACCUCGGUUGCUACAGUCUUCUUGUUAUCGUCAUCAUUUUCCUUCGGUUUUAUCUAGUACACCAAAACAAAAAGAAGGAUGCGUUGGCAGAGGAGACUAGCGGGGAGGAUAGGUUGGCACACGCGUUCGAGGACUUGACGGACAAGGAGAACCCGAACUUCCGCUACGUGUACUAGAUUUGAAGGCCUAGUAGGGUUGGUGAGUGGGGGUAAUGCUUGUCAAAGACGAGAAGACUUGGAAUGCCGAAAUAAAUGUUCAAUUGUUUUGUGUGUGGAGCUACAAUAAGAGUAAACCCCAAAGGGUUUGAACUUGAGA